AUGCCUCCCUUGCGGCGGUGGCGCCCGCUCAUUCUUUUGGUGGCUCUAUGGCUCCUUGGCAUGUACUGGGUCUUCGGCAUUGACGACGAGACGCCCCUCGUACACUCUCCAGGCUCCCACUCAGUCCCCGGCCAGCAGCCACAGUCAGGACAUCAUCAUGUGGCGCCGGUCGCGGACUCCCACGGCGGAGGCGCCGCGGAAAACGGUGGCGAGCUGGACGCCAAGAGCUGGAGAAAGCUGCCCGACCGGUUCCCUGUCACUGGGAAGCUGCGGUCGCUGCCGGAAGUGAGCGUGGGCCGAAGCAGCAUACCCAAGAUCCAGGCCCCGGCACCGCGGGAGUCAGAGACCGCGCGGGAGCAGAGGCUGCAGAGGCAAAAGGCCGUCAAGGACAGCUUCCUGCAUAGUUGGAAUGGAUACAAGAAGUACGCAUGGAUGUCAGAUGAGGUGACCCCGCUGGGCGGCAAGCCGAAGAACCCUUUCGGUGGUUGGGCGGCGACGCUGGUAGAUGCGCUGGACACGCUGUGGAUCAUGGGUCUUAAAGACGAGUUCCAAGCUGCCGUGAAGGCGGCGGAGACGAUCGACUUCUCCAAGACUCAGACAGAUCUGGUUAACGUAUUCGAGACAACCAUUAGAUACCUCGGUGGGUUCCUGGCCGCGUAUGAGCUUAGUGGGAAGAAGUACGAGGGCCUGCUGAGGAAGUCCGUGGAGGUGGGCGAGCUGUUGAUGUGUGCUUUCGAUACGGAUAAUAGGAUGCCUAUCGCGAGGUGGGACUGGAAGUUUUAUAUGACGGGCUCCGCACAGAGCCACCCUAGGAGCGUGCUCGUGUCAGAGCUGGGAUCACUGUCACUGGAGUUUACUAAACUUUCGCAGCUGACAGGAGAUAUGAAGUACUACGACGCCGUGCAAAGGAUCUCGGACGAGUUCGAAAAGGGUCAAGACACCACCAAGCUGCCGGGCAUGUGGCCGGUUCAAGUCGACUCGUCCGGUCCUUCGUUCACGAGCGAUAAUUCCUUUACCUUGGGUGGCAUGUCAGACUCCCUUUACGAAUACUUCCCCAAGCAGUACCUCAUGCUCGGCGGCGUACUUGAACAGCCAAAGAAGAUGUACGAGAAGUUUAUCGAUGUUGCAAAGAAGCACCUUAUACGUCGUGCCAGUAACCCAGAAGAUAUCCCGAUCAUGAUCUCGGCCGACGUGAGAACGAAACUCGUGGAUGGACAAAUGGCCUCGGUAAAUACUCCGAAGGGCCAACACUUGACGUGCUUUGCGGGCGGCAUGGUUGGUAUCGCCGCGAAAAUCUUCAACAGGCCCAGCGAGCUGGAUCUCGCAGUUGAGCUGACGGACGGUUGCGUCUGGGCGUAUGGAGCAACCCCGACUGGAAUAAUGCCCGAGAUAUUUGGCUUUAUUCCGUGCGGAUACUUCGAGGAUAGCCAGACUGGUUCGGAGUGCAAGUAUAGCGAUCUCAAAUGGCGCACCGCCGUGAGGGACCAAUAUUUAGGGGUCAACAGCGGCAAGGACCCUCUUGGGAGCGAUGUUGAAAAGAUGAUCAGCAGCCGGCAACUGCCCCGUGGAUUCGUGGGGCUCCACGACAAGAAAUACAUACUGCGGCCGGAGGCCAUCGAAAGUGUCUUCAUCAUGUACAGGCUCACGGGCGACAGUACGUGGAUGGACAAGGCAUGGACAAUGUUCCAGAAUAUCGAGCGGCUUACGAGGACCAAGAUAGGGGCUGCAAGCCUGAGGGACGUGUCGUUGGAAGAGCCGGGACAGGUGGACUCGAUGGAGAGCUUCUGGCUCGCCGAGACGCUGAAGUACUUCUACCUGGUGUUCUCCGACUUCGACACGGUGGCCCUCGAUACUUGGCUUUACUCGGGGGGAAACAUAGACGACGCACCCAGGAAUCCUAAUGCAUCAGGAUCAAUUCCCUUUAUUACAUAUAUCCAGGAGAUAAGGGUGCAGUUCACUUUAGGCUGGCAGACCGGGCGGGAGCAAACAUUCACUCCAGCAGACGUUACUUCUUUGGUGUCUCAGUCCGAGCACACGCACACCACCACCCACGGCACACGCACGCCCAUUCCAGCGCCAUCGCUGACACUAGACGGCCACAUCUCAGUCAAGCAGUUCAUUCGAAACGUCCGCGCCGCAAAGACCAUCGCCGACGAGCGCGCCGUCAUCCAGAAAGAGAGUGCAUCCAUACGAGCCAGCUUCCGCGAGGAAAGCCACGACCACCAAGUCAGGCGUAACAAUGUCGCCAAACUGCUAUACCUUUUCACCCUGGGCGAGAGAACACAUUUCGGCCAGAUCGAGUGUCUGAAGCUCCUUGCCUCGCCACGCUUCGCCGACAAACGUCUAGGCCACCUGGCCACGAGCUUGCUGCUGGAUGAGAAUCAGGAGGUGCUCACACUGGUGACCAACUCGCUUCAAAAUGACCUCGGCCACUCAAACCAAUAUGUCGUCGGACUUGCCCUCUGCACCCUCGGCAACAUCGCCUCCAUCGAAAUGUCCCGAGACCUGUUUUCCGAGAUUGAAAAGCUAGUAUCGACCGCGAACCCGUACAUUCGGAGGAAAGCCGCUCUCUGCGCCAUGAGGAUAUGUCGGAAGGUACCAGACCUGCAGGAACACUUCAUCGAGAAAGCCACGGCUUUGCUCCAGGACAGGAACCAUGGUGUGCUACUCUGUGGGUUGACCCUCGUGACGAGUCUCUGUGAGGCAGACGAGGAGGAGGGCGGCGAGGAGGGCAUAGUCGAGAAGUUCAGGCAGUUCGUACCAAUACUGGUCAGGACACUGAAGGGACUGGCAUCCUCUGGCUAUGCCCCUGAACAUGAUGUCAUGGGCAUCACGGAUCCAUUCAUACAGGUCAAGAUCCUACAUUUGCUCCGAGUCCUAGCCAGAGGCGAUGCCCAGGUUAGCGAGCAGAUCAACGACAUUCUCGCGCAGGUUGCGACAAACACCGACUCUUCCAAGAAUGUGGGCAACUCGAUCCUGUAUGAGGCGGUGCGGACCAUCCUGGACAUCGAGGCCGACUCGGGUCUAAGAGUGCUUGGUGUCAACAUCCUUGGCAAGUUUCUCACCAACAGGGACAAUAACAUCCGCUAUGUGGCACUCAACACUCUCAUCAAGGUUGUCGCAAUCGAGCCCAACGCUGUGCAGAGGCACCGGAACACAAUCCUUGAAUGUCUUCGAGACCCGGAUAUCAGCAUAAGGCGGCGAGCCCUCGACCUCAGCUUCACACUCAUCAAUGAGAGCAACGUCAGGGUGCUGAUCAGGGAACUGUUGGCAUUCUUGGAAGUCGCAGAUAAUGAGUUCAAACCUACCCUGACGACUCAAAUCGGAAUCGCGGCCGACAGAUAUGCACCGAACAAGAGGUGGCACGUUGACACGAUGCUGAGAGUGUUGGCGCUGGCUGGGAACUACGUGAAGGAACCCAUUAUGUCCUCUGUUAUUCGACUGAUCGCAACGACCCCCGAGCUGCAGACGUACGCGGUCCAGAAGCUAUAUACAAGUCUCAAGAAGGACAUCACCCAGGAGAGCUUGACACAAGCAGGAUCAUGGUGUAUUGGCGAGUACGGCGAUGUGCUCCUCAGGGGCGGGCAGUACGAGGAAGAAGAGCUGGUCAAAGAGGUCAAGGAGCACGAGAUCAUCGAUCUCUUCUCCACCGUCCUGAACAGCAGCUACGCCACACAAGUCACGACCGAGUAUAUCGUUAACGCUUUGAUCAAAUUGACGACCAGGCUCACAAAUGCGACACAAGUCGAGAGAGUGAAAAAGUUGCUCCAGAACCACCAGGCAAGCUUGGAUGUCGAGGUUCAACAGCGUGCCGUCGAAUACCUCAAUCUGUUCGAUCACGACUCGCUUCGGCGCGGUGUUCUUGAGAAGAUGCCACCGCCACAGAUCAAGGAAGAGAAUCGUGUCCUCGGCGAAAAGUCCGCCAAGGAAAAGAAGAAAGCAAACAGGAGAUCUAAGCCUAUCAAAGUCUCAGAACAGGAUCUACUUAUGGAUAUCAUGGGCGACAGCGCCCCGUCUCCUGCUCCCGCCAACGGUAACUCUCAGAAUAACGCAGAUCUGCUUGCUGACAUUCUGGGGGGAACCACCUCACCGCCGCCAACGUCAUCAAACGCUGGCACGCCAGCUCCCCAGUCCAACGUAUCCGCCAUCAUGGAUCUCUUCGGCUCCGGCCCCGCACAGGCCACACCACCUCCUCAAGCGGCAGCCGCCGCGGCGCCGCCGUCUUCGGGUCUUGAUCUCCUCGGCCAAAUGGGCUCAGCUCCAUCCCCCUCACCGCAAGCAGCCGCACCGGCGGGCUUUCCCUGCUACAACAACAAUGGUCUUGUGGUUACCAUUGCGACACAGCGCAACGCCGAGGGAAUUGUGCAGGCCCUCGCACGUUUCCGGAAUGCGUCCGGGGGUCCGCUGUCAAAUGUCGGAGUGCAGGCGGCUGUGCCCAAGAGCCAGAAACUGCAGCUCAACAGCAUAUCAAGCUCGGAGCUGGCGCCUGGGACCGAGGCUACGCAGGCUAUGAGAAUUCAGGGAGUCAAGGGGCCUUUGCGUCUGCGGCUAAGGGUCCAGUACGCACAUCCCUCGGCAGGGCAGGUAAUGGACCAAGUGAACUGGGCGGAACCGUCUUGA